UCAGUCUCUUACCAAAAAAGAAAAUGUCUACAUCUAGCAUUGCAGCAAGAGUGGAAACCUGGCUUUCAUCCACAUGGCACGUUAAAGUUCCUUUAACAUGGCUGGAAGCAUGUAUUAAUUGGAUCCAGGAAGAAAAUAGUGGUAGUAAUUUAAGUCAAGCUCAGAUUAACAAGCAGGUAUUUGAGCAAUGGCUUCUUACUGAUCUAAGAGACUUGGAAUAUCCCAUUUUGCCUAACUGUAUCUUAGAUACUCCCAAGGGAGAGCUAUCGGGCUGUUACUCCAUACAGAUUGAUUCACUGGUGGAUGUCAGCCAAUCAGCAUAUUCACAGUUGCAGAAGCUAAGAGGGAAAAGCACUGUAAAUGAAGAAGUAACAGCCAGUACUCAGACAUUUCAGAAGCCCUGGGAAGCGAAACCUACGCGAAUGCUGAUGCUACAACUAACGGAUGGCAUACAUCAAAUUCAGGGUAUGGAGUAUCAACCGGUGCCUGUUCUCUGCAGUAAUCUUCUUCCUGGAACAAAGAUCACUGUACAGGGCAAUAUUGCAUAUCGUCUUGGAGUUCUUCUGCUUAAACCAGAAAAUGUAAAACUGUUGGGGGGUGAAGUUGAUGCUCUUCUUGAGGAUUAUUGUCAGGAAAGAGUCCUUGCUAGAUUAAUUGGAGAAACUGAAAACCCUAAUUCUGUUGGACAAACUGGACAUGAACAGUUUUUUUCAAGGCCUGUGGAUGAAUUAGAACAAACUCUUGACCCUUCAGAUGAAGAGCUUUUAGCCAGCCUUGAUGAAAACAAUGAAUUUACUUUAAACAAUAGAACGUCUUUAGAAAGUGGAUAUGGCAGUAGAAGCAACAAUUUUAAUACAGCCUCAGGUUCACUGACAGCACACAAUGGGAAUGUUUUGCUACAAAAAUCUGGAAGUCCUUUGCUUCAUGCAGAUGAACAAGUUUCACCUCCCAUAGAAUAUGCUGAUGGCUUUUUAAAUGACUUUCCUUUAGAAGAUGACUUACUUCUGGAAGAAGAGAUGCAAAGAGAAAUGGAAGAAGUGCCACCAGUGGACAUAAACAGAAGCAUAGGUUUAAUUGCUGGCAGACUUCCACAUAUAUCUAGAAGCUCUUGCAAUUCAUCUUUGAAUGGCACUGGUGAAGAAGACAAUGUGAAUGAAAGAGAUGAGCCCAGGGAAGCAAUCAGCAAGGAAAAGAACGUGGGAAGAACGAUAUUUGAUGAAGAUGGAAAUAGCAUGAGUGACUUCUUGCAGCACAGGGGCUUACAUCACACCUGCAGUUCAUCAGAUUUUUCUUCAGAAAAUCCUCCUGAGGAAGGGCAGAAUUGUACAGACCUAGACGAGAGCAGAUGUAAACACCAGCACACUUCUGAUAGCAGGGUGUUAAAUGAUGAUCCUGUCUUUGCCUUAAAAAUGGAUCCAGAAGGAGAUCAGCAGAAACGUGAUUCACAGAUCUUUCCUUGCAAGGCAGUAGAGACACAUUUAGAUUUAGAUUCUCCACCUUUCACAUAUAUUUCCCUUCUCCUUGCAAAAAAACCAGAAACUCUGACAAUUCUGAAAGUUAAAUGUUUUAUUGUCACUCUCACUGGAAACCUCACAAAAAGCAGUGGGUCCUGGGGUAUAAAAGCAAAAAUUUCUGAUGGCUCUGCUUAUCUUGAAGUAGAUUUUGCUGAUGAUAUUCUAACAAGUUUAAUUGGCUUUUCAGUGCCUGAAAUGAAUAAGCUGAAAAAGGAUCCAGCUUCACGUCUAAAACUUAAGGAUGGUUUAGAGAAAUGUCAAAAACAGCUGAUAGAUCUCUGUUGUUUGAUGACUAUUGAGUUCAAUCCAUUUCAGUCUAAAGCUACUGUAUUAAUUCUCCAGGAUGCUGAUACUAGGCAUCUAGACCAAUUGAAGAAACGUUUGAAUAAAUAACAUGUGCAAACUUGUGGACUGUAUAUUAGGAGAUGUUUAAGUCAGAUUUCCCUUGAAGAGUUCUUGAAGUUAAAGUUAAAUGGUGUGUCUUUUAUCAGGAGUUAGAAUGUAAAAGCGAGUCAAGGAGAUUACUUUUUGGAGCAAAACUGGGCAGUUUGUUUCUUAUGGUGACAGUAUUGGAAUAAGAUUUCAAAUAUUUGUGUCUUGAUUUUUUUCAUUCUGCAAAAUCCUGUGUGUUUUAGACUGGUAAUCCCGAGUAGCAGAAUUUAUCAGGAAGUGUAUAACAAUGAACAAACCAUUUUGUUAUUUUACUUUUUCAAGUACUUACUUGAUUUUUAAAAG